CGUCAUAGACGAGAAUGGGGCCCUGAUUUUGGCCAGCUGAUUUCAUUCCUCCAAAAAGAUAUUUCAAAAUCUCUAUUACCUAUUGAUAGAUUUUUGUUUGAAUUAGUGGUACAUUUUUAAUAUGGAUCGAAGUAGGACAAAAGACGCAUCAGAGGGAAUAGCUCCAAUGGGCAUAACAAGUCUGAACGAGGCAGUUCUGAGUAACCAGCCGGAGUCCCGCUAUGAGUGUCCUGUCUGUCUCAACUGGCUACGGGACCCCGUCAUCACCACAUGUGGACACAAGUUCUGCAAGGGCUGUAUUACUUCUUGGUUGCAGAACAGUGGUCACUGCCCCAUAGACAACAUAAACUUGAGCAUGAAGGUUGACAUAUUCCCUGACAACUACACAAAGCGGGAGAUCCAGGAACAAAGAAUGUCUUGUCCUUUCGCAUCCAAAGGAUGCGCAGUAAAAGUGACUCCUCUAGACUUGGACGCGCACAUAGCUACUUGUGAGUACAACCAGCCUGAGGCGUCUUCUCAGCCGGAGAUCCGUGUGCCCUGCGCGUUCCACGCCGUCGGCUGUAAGGAAACCUUCGAUAGCCAAGAAGAUAUGAACACGCAUCUACAUAAUGAUAUACAAAGUCAUAUGAGUUUGUUAAUGAACGCGUAUUCAGAGGUGAAGAUAAACAGCGACAUAUCGAACGCGAGCAUCGACGCUAAGGAGCAGGAGGCGAUGAGUCUAUGGGAGGCGCCGGACAAGGAGGGAGCACCCAGUACUGCCAAGCCGCUUAAUAAUACUAGCGCUCUUAUUAGAGCGCUAUACGAACGAGUAGUGGUGUUAGAGCAACGCAACCGCGAGCAAGACAUAGUCAUAGCUAACAUGUCCAAACAACUCUCUGCCUUCGCCGUGGCAAAGAUGAAGCAGAACAAUGAAAUGUUGCUGCGAUACUGCAUGGGCAACUAUAUAUGGAAGAUAGACAACUUCAAAGCGAGAUGUGACGCCAUGUUGAAAGAUCAUUACAAGAUGUUAUACAGUCCCGGGUUUUACACCUCGCCCAAUGGUUACAGAUUCUGCGUCCGGCUCAACAUCUCACCACAGAACCCGUUGUGUUUCGCACUCCACGUUCACCUGAUGAAGACAGAGAACGAUGACUGCUUGGAAUGGCCCUUCAACGGGCGCAUAUCCUUCGCUAUGAUCAACCAAUACGACCCCGACUUGACACAGAGAGACACUAUGAUGUCCAACUCGAACUUAAUAGCCUUUAGAAAGCCCAAUUCUGAGAUAUGUGUAAGAGGAUUUGGGUAUACGGAAUACGCAGUCGUUAGUGAUGUGGUCAGAAACGGGUUCGUCAAAGACGACAACCUCAUUGUACGCGUCCAUAUCAAGUGCGUAUGACAUGAGGAGUGACUUAUUUGUUUCGUCCUUUUCCGAUGAGGAUAAAAACUGCCUAUUUCUCCCAACAGGUGUCGCUACUGUUGAGUGUUCUUAAGUUUUGACAAUAUCCCAUACUAUUUGACUAAAUAAAUUUUGUAUAAGAAGAAAACUUAGAAGAGAAAAUAAGUUUUAUUUUCAAUCAAAACUGUCUUUUUCCAAAUAGCUGCUUUUCUUUUUCGCAACUCAUCCUUCAGACGGGAUACAAUCCACGUUGCUGCACAUUUUAUAGCAAUUUAUCACGAAUUUUAGCUGGACAUUAUGGAGAACUGUCAAAAUUUAGGAAUACUCAACAGUGCUGCCACCUACAUUUGAGGUUCUAGUUUUUAUCCUCAUUUCUUUUAUGUAUUCUGUAAAUCUGCAUUUUCUAACAGUAAUUAUGAUAAAUCGUGAUCCGCUCAAAUGCGAUGUAAACGAAUUGAUUCCAAAUUAAAUUGAAUAAUAUUGAGGAAAACAUAAGCUAGCGACUGUGCUCCAAUAGGGGUAGUCAGAGGUAAACAGCUCAUCGAGCUUUUUGUUAGACCAACGAAAAACAUUGAGAAAAACCAAGACAACAUAAUGAUGGUUACCAAUGAGGUGUAUAACAUUAUACAUCAAUAUUUCUUUGUUUAAAAAAAAUAAAAAUCGUAAAGGCCUUAAAGGGGUAAUGUUGAUUUAAAGAAAACGGUUUUUUUAUAUUAUGAAUUAUUUUAAUCUCAUUAAUGGCAACCGCGUGUAGAUUUUUCUUCGACGAUUCGUUAUUCAACAAAAUAAUUAUUGCUCAGGUUUUACACGAAGUCGGGCCAUAUAGCAGCUGUUGCAGCUGUGACUGAUGGGUAACAUUAAAUCGCUGGUAUUAAAGUAUUAUUGUGCAAUUGAACGAGAGAUAAGGACAUAUGACGUAUUUUCUAGAAGACUUUAUGUAUUAAGCUCAGUAUUUAUAAUAAUCUCGUACUUAUGAUCUUUACAGGAACUGUACAUUCCAUUUUAUCGUUUUAUAGCUUUUGAUAUUUUUAAGAUAUAGUAUAAUAUAAUGUAAGUGUCCGUCCAUUUAUUAUGUUGUAUUUUAGAUACAUUGAUAUGCAAAAUGGUGCCUUCAUAGUUUGUACAUAAAUAUUAUUU